AGGCAAACAUCCUUUAUUCCACAUUCUUCAUUAUCCCCCUUAACUUAUCGCCUAUUAAUAUCCUUCAUUCCCUCCCUCACCAUCCUCUCAACCUAUCGCCAGCAACAUACCCUUUACUAUUCUUCAAGCCUUACCAGUCAUUUUCGCGUCUAUUAUCAUUUCGAUGGCUCCACAAACAAGCCCCAAGCGCAGACUCAACAAUACGUCAACACUUCCUCCAUCCGUUGAGGCCGCCUCUGACGAUGUAUGUCCUCUAUCCAACGGCAACAACCUCAACGACAAUGUCCACCCGGCUGACAAUCAGCAAAGCGAGGAAAGAGAUACAUAUUCUGCAUUAGUACUGGGCAGAGAGAUGUUGGUGCCACUAACAUACGAUCCUGAUACAUACGAUUUUGAUGCGCGAAUGCCGUGGACACCCGAGCCAGAACCCUAUGAUCCCGAAACCUAUUCGGCUUGGGGUAGAAAGCACUUCGGCGAAGAGUGGUACCAAUUGCGGAAGGCUAUGCUCGAGGAAAGGAAUCCCCAUCAUAAGUAUGAACCAGUGUACAUGGGGCGCCAGCGAGCUCUAAGGGUGAUGGAGCCUCAGGCCGAAGGGAGGCCUUUUAGACCAUACUCUUACUUUGUGGGGGACGAUAUCAAAGACGAAGGCUGGAAGCGCUUGUGGGCUCGAAUGUCCAACAACGAGUUAGGCUUUCCGCGCAGUCCUUCCCCACCUCCACCACCUCCACCACCAAGCGACAGCGACAGCGAUAGCGAUAGCUCCGAGUCUCGCGAACCGACGCCUGUCCCGGCAGACCCGUGGGAACGAAUAGAGUACAUGCGAACGUAUUGGCACUUGACCGAGGAGAAGUAUCACUUCCAUAGGUUCUUCGUCAGGGAGGAAAUCAUAGACAGGGCUAGGUCGCGACGUGAAAAUGAGCCGGGCAACAGGCAAGCCCGCGAGAAGCGCGACCUAAUGGAAAGCUUUCGCUACGUGAAUCCUUCACGGUUGUAUAUCGAACAAAACAACAUCCAGGACCAUAUCGACCUCCCCAAGAAGGGCUGGACGCGGGAAGAGAUCGUUACUGUGUAUGAAGCGCAGGUGGGCAUGCUUGAAUGGCCACGGAAUAACUCUGCAACAAGAGGGUCUGGUGAUUUCGGCAAGGAUGUAACCUCGGAAGAGGAAGCCGCAUCGGCCAGCUAUUCCCAGGAGCAUCGUGACGCCUGGAAUCGCUUCUACGGAUCGCAGCCUCCCAAAUUGCCACCGAAUACCAGGGAUUACGGUGUAUGGGAUCUCUGGCUCAAAGGCACCUACGCUCGCAUCUCUCGCCAGCGACGGCGAGAGGCCCUGCUGUCUGAUGCUACGGGCGAUGCUGCAUCAUGUGCGGAAGAGUUACAAAGAAUUGAGGGCGAAGAACAGGGAGACCGUGAGGCUCUAGAAAGGGCCAUUAGAAGGUCAACUGAAUUGACAGAAAGGGCAGAAAGAACGAGCCGUCUACCGCCACCUCAAAAUCAGGAGGAAAUGAAUCAUAGGUUUCGUGUGUGGGAUGAACUCGGCGUCGGUCUCAAGGUCCAGAAUGACCUCGCUCGCGAAUACGGUUUCGCCGAAAGAGUCGCUGGGCACGAAUUACCGCAGCCGCCAGCAACAGCUCCCCAAGCAGGCGGCAUAGGCGAUGCCCCAGGUACUCACAUGCGCGAAGCAGUGGCGCAGUCGUCAGCAACGACACCUCAACCAGCGAGUGGCACUCUUCGCAAAACUUGCGGCGGUCGGAUCACUAAGAACACAUUGACGCACGGGGAAGCCUCGCCUCGAACAGCACCCCAACGUCACAAUAGGCAGCGCAAGACGUAUAAGAAGGAGCGGGCAAGCCGAAGGCUCGCGAAGCUGGAGCCUGAGUAUGGGAUGCUAGAGGAUGCUAGAAGGAGGUGAAACACGACCCUCCUUGCGAUAACAAAGGUAGUGGGCGAAGACGCAUUGAUUAGGUAGAUAGGUAGGUACCUUAUGCACUUUAUCGAGCUCGGUCUCGAGCUUAGUGGCUGUGAUUGUUUGUAUAGAAUGUUAG